GCAACACCAGCAACAUGGCAGACAUCAUCCGUGAUGCCCCCAUCGGGCAAGUACUGCGUUUCAUUUCUAGGAACCGCCUGCUCCAGUACCCAGAAGAAAAGGCAGACUUUAAGCUUCCGCCGCAAUGGGCACAUCUUAUUGACAGCUCGAACCUAUCCUCCCCUAGCCCCGCUGACUCUGCCACUCCUACCCUACAAGGUAGUAACGGCCCCAGCGAUGUGGAAGACGGCCAACUACACCGUGGUCAAUCUGCCAAUACACCUAGCCCUGACGGCAAUACCGAUUCCACCCCAAUCGUACCAACAGUGACGAAGGAAGGUGUCAUCCUUGUCGACUGGUACUCUUCCAAUGACGACCAAAACCCUCAGAAUUGGUCGAGAAGCAAGCGGGCUGCCAUUGCAACUAUAAUCUGCUUUUAUACCUUUGUGGUUUACACCACCUCCGCCAUCUACACUGCUUCCGAGCAGGGCGUUAUGGAGGCCUUUGGUGUUAGCAGGAUUGUGGCCACUCUGGGUUUGGCUCUGUAUGUUCUUGGGUACGGUGUUGGUCCUCUUGUAUUUUCUCCAUUGAGCGAGAUCCCACUCAUUGGGAGGAGCCCUGUUUAUGCCGUGACAAUGUUUCUAUUCGUCAUCAUCUCGAUCCCUACGGCGUUUGCGCCCAAUUUCCCUGGCCUCAUGGUCCUGCGCUUCCUACAGGGCUUCUUCGGCUCACCGUGCCUGGCAUCUGGCGGUGCUUCGCUUCAGGAUAUUUACAGCUUCACUGCAAUGCCUUAUGCAUUGACAGCCUGGGUCGCCGCAGCAUACUGCGGACCGGCACUUGGACCACUUCUCAGCGGCUUCUCCGUCCCAGCCAUUUCAUGGCGGUGGUCCCUCUUCGAAUCUCUCUGGGCAUCUGCUCCUGUCUUCCUGGUCAUGUUCAUCUUCCUCCCUGAAACCAGUAGUCCCAACAUACUGCUACGCCGUGCCCGGCGUCUUCGGAAGCUCACGGGGGACCAACGUCUUGUCUCGCAGAGCGAAAUCGACCAGAAGCACCUGAAACCGUCAAGCAUGAUGAUCGACGCUCUUAUCAAGCCAAUGGAGAUUACGAUCAAGGACCCGGCAGUGCUCUUCGUGCAGGUAUACACUGCUAUUAUCUACGGGAUCUACUAUAUGUUCUUCGAGGCAUUCCCUCUGGUCUACCCAGUCUACUAUCAUAUGAACCUGGGACAAGUCGGCCUCAUCUUCCUAUGCAUCCUAGUCUCCUGCCUACUCGCCGUCCUCGCCUACUGCAUCUACAUCUACGCCUACGUGAACCCUCGCAUCCUCAAAUCCGGCCUCGGCGCCAACGAAGACCGUCUAGUCCCAGCUCUAGCCGUGUCUAUAUUCCCAACAAUCGGCCUCUUCAUAUUCGCAUUUACAUCCCGCUCAGAUAUCCACUGGAUCGUGCCCACGAUCGGCAUAACAAUCUACGCGGGCACCUGCUUCAUCAUAAUGCAGUGUAUUUUUGUGUAUAUCCCGCUGAGCUACCCGCCGUAUGCAGCCAGUCUGUUCGCGGCGAAUGAUUUCUUCCGCAGUGCCUUUGCCUGUGGGUCUGUGGUCUUUUCGCAGCCCAUGUUUGCUAAUCUAGGUAUUGCGAGAGGCGUUAGUCUGCUUGGGGGGUUGAGUGGGAUUGGGAUUAUUGGGAUUUGGUUGUUGUAUUUCUUUGGUGCGAACUUGCGUGCUAGGAGUCGGUUUGCUGUUAGUGGGUAGUUUACAGCUAGGUAGCAUUUUAAUAUCCCCCUUGCCCUUACACUGAAUACCGAAUUCCUUUGUUGCCCAUCGGAUAUUUUGUGAUUCUUGUCGAUUCUCUUAACUUGCAACUGGGCUUCUGGCACUGGGCCUAUCCAUAGGCGGUGCGAUUAUUAGUGGUAUAAUACAUAUUUGAG